AUGGCCCUCGACUACGGAAACGCCGCGCACCUGCUGCCCACAACAUACAAAAAGACCGUCGCCGACUGGCUCACCGAGGACACGCCGUCCUUCGACUACGGCGGCUUCGUCGUCGGCGAGGACGAGAAGACGGCCACGCUCUAUGGGAAGUCCGCUGGUGUUCUAGCGGGCGUCCCCUUCUUCGACGAGGUCUUUGCGCAAUUGGGGUGCACCGUCGAAUGGCACAUCCCCGAAGGCGCCUCCUUCACACCCAUCAAAUCCGUCGCCACCGUGCGCGGCCCCGCACGCAAGCUCCUCCUCGGCGAGCGCGUCGCCCUCAACACGCUCGCCCGCUGCUCCGGCAUCGCCACCAAAUCCCGCCACAUGCUGCAGCUCGUGCGCUCCGCCGGCUACACCGGCAUCCUCGCGGGCACCCGGAAAACAACCCCGGGCUUCCGCCUCGUCGAGAAGUACGGCAUGCUGGUCGGCGGCGUGGACCAGCACCGCUAUGACCUCUCGUCAAUGAUCAUGCUCAAGGACAACCACGUGUGGUCCAAGGGGUCCAUCACGCAGGCUGUUGCCGCCGCGCGCUCGGUCGGCGGCUUCGCAGUCAAGAUUGAGGUGGAGGUGCAGAGCGAGGAGGAGGCCGAUGAGGCGAUUGCGGCGGGCGCGGAUAUUGUCAUGUUGGAUAAUUUUAGUGGUGAGGGGUUGAAGGUUGCGGCGAGGAGUAUCAAGACGAGGUGGCAGGGGAGGAGGCAGGUGCUGUUGGAGUGCUCCGGCGGGCUGACGGAGGAGAAUGUGGCGGCGUAUUGUUGUAAUGAUAUUGAUAUCAUGUCGACGAGCUCGAUUCAUCAGAGCACACAACAUGUCGAUUUCUCGCUCAAGAUUGAUCAUUAG